GUGAGUGCAGAUACGUCAGAAAAUAUGACAGUGCGACACGAAUACACGUUUCCGAAGAGAGUGGUCAAAUGAUUACAAUAUUAUAUCCAUGUAACAGAUAAUUUACGAUAAAGUACCCAGAAUGGUGUAGCUUUCACCACAUACUGAGGAAGCAACUUUUGUCUGCAUAAUGUGUAAAUGGCUACUGUGUGAGAAUCUGAGGGGAUUUAUUUCUACACGACCCCCCUUGGUUUUGUUCAUGUUGUUGCUGGGAAUAUUUGCUGCAACACUAUUGUCACUUGCAUACAUUAUAAAGACUGGUGAAUAUGCAAAUCCUGAUGAAACGGACUGGAAUGAUUUCUUGUCUAGUUUCAAGAAGGUACAAUUCUGUAUGGUCCCCGAUGGAGACAACGUGAUCAGUGGCAGUGAACCUAUCGCCCAUCAAAAUAUGAAGGAUGUUGUGUCCAAAGUUCAUGACAAAUUACCCGGUGCUGCCUCCAAAGAAUCCACAACUACUGUGACCAGACAUGAUGUUGUGCAAAUUUCCGUGCCAUUCUGGGUUGAAGUGCAACCUACCCUGGAUUUUGUCAGCAUCCCCCACAAUGUUAGCAGUUUUAGUACACGCAUGAGCGGACAACUUCUCGGACUGCAAGGAGCAGAUGCCGAAUCAGAGUUUAAUGUGACAAUGAAACUCCCGUUCCAAUGGAAUGCCUCGUUAUGUUACAGCAAGGAGAAGUGUAAGAUCGUGAAAAUCAAAACAUGUUUGGUCUUAGAGGCCCCAAACCACCUCUUCCCCCAAUCCAGAGCCCCUUCCUGCAGCCUGAAUGAAAGUGUCAACUCUACAUCAGACAUCGAGAACCAGUUCCGUAUGGUUAGCAAGCAGCGGUCACUGGUUCGGCCACUGGAUAUGGUCUGCAACAGCAUGCCAUCAUUUACGGUGGACCACAAACUUGACCCAAAACUCACCAUCAUGCUCUCCUUGCAAGACCAAUCAGCCAUCAAUCUUCAUUUGGUCCAUACCAGCUACUUCCUGUUUGUGAUGGUUAUAACACUGCUUGCAUACGCAUCUGUGAAGGGCAGGUCCCAUGCUGCACACAAGGUCAAGGGUGUUCACUAUACUGAGGUUUCCCAUGCAAUAUAACGAUGACUCAGGGAAGUUCUGACAGAGAAAAAACUAGGCAAUCAAUCAAGUGCUUUUAUCUGUGAUAUGCAUUCCCUGGCAAUAUGAACAGUUUUUUAUAAUCACUCAUUCAUAAUUUAGAAUUAUGCAUUUAAUGAUCAUUAGCUACCAUUAAAGCUGCACUCUCACAAACGAACAGUUUUGAUAUUUUUUUGUCUCAGAAUCAGCCAAUUUUGUCAACUGUUUGGUAAACUGCCAAAAAUUUCAUUUUUCUUAAAGUGUUAAUAAUGCUUUUAGCCAUGAAACAUCAAUAUUCAAACGUAAAUAUGAAAACUGUGUUCUUCCUUUUUGUCAGCAGUCUUAUAUCACUGUAUUUCAGACAUUUACGCAAAAUAUUGGCUCAUUCCAAGACAGACAAUAAAAAAAGUUGUCUAAACAAUCAAUCUGUGAGAGUGCAGCUUUAACAUGUAUCUAAAUCAUAUUAGAGCAUGUUAUUAGCUAAUCAUGCCCCGAGUUCAGUUAAUGCUAACAGUUGCUCAUGAUUGCUAAUGUCUGAGUUUGUUCCCUGCUUGUUGUGUGUGCAAUAGCAUAUAAAAGGGUCAACAGUUAGCAAACAUAAGCGACUAUAAGCGACUAUAAUGUGUUUUAUGUAAAAACUUACCAUUUGAAACAAUAUUUUUUACUUGCGCAUGUUUUAAUUUCAAACAGAUGAGAAUUGUGUUUUCAUUAUUAGUUUGAAAUUGUUGAUGACUUUGGUUUCUUUUAAAUCUUUUUAAGUUGAAAUGGCAAAGAUGUGGCAUAAGGCACCAAAAUAUAUUAUGUAUUAUAUGUUUACUUAUAUAUAUAUAAUAGCGAAUGUAUUAAAUACAUGGAUGUUAUUAUGUUAAAUGAUAUAAAUGUGUUAUAGAAGUUAAACUGAUACAUUUUGUGGUUGACAUUUUGUGGUUGAUAAUUUGUUGUUUAUUUAAUAUAUACAGUGAAACUGCGUUCCCUCGAACAAGCGGUCGCUCGAGAACCGGCGUUCCCUCGAGGUCGGAGCUUGGUCCCGAACUUUUUUCCUUCUAUUUUCAUAUAAAAUAUACCCACGCUGCCUCGAAACCUAAUUAUGUCGAGCAGUCGAGCAAUAUCCUCGGUCCCAAGCACACAAAUCGUGCACAAAACCUUAUGGCUCCCUCGAGGUCAUAAUUUCACACUUUUUCCCGAACGCGUGUUCCAAAAUAAACAAACAAUUGCCAGGUGUUAAAAUUUUCGCAAGUUGUAAAAAUUGCAAUGACAGUUAAAAGGCAAUUUGAAAAGGUGUGAAAAACCGUUAAUCACUGUUAACGCAUGACCGAUAUUAGUUGAUAUGGGCAUUUGAGAUGAUAAUUAUGACAAGUUAAUGACGAGAAGUUAAUUGUGAGAAAUUUAAAUGAGUAAUAAAAAUAUGAUUAAAACACUACCAUAUCGAUCCAACAUCGGAAUCUCUGAAAAUAAUUCCUUCUUGUCACUUUGCUUUGCAAUUUGGCAAAUGAGAAAGAACUUACAAAUUGUCGAACACCUGAGCAAUCUAGUGAAGGACCCAUGACUGGGGGGAUAGCUAGAUCGGGUUCCUUACUUUCAAAAUGUCACACCCAAAUGAAAGAAAAUAAUUGUCAAACACCUGAGAAAUCUAAUGAAGGACCCAUUACUUAUACCAAGACACCAACACGCCCACUCACGUCCUUACCAGAAUCGGUGUCUUAGUAAACAGUCUGUUUGACAACUUCAAACUUAAAAUACACUGAAAGAUAUUUCAUAUCAAACUGAAAAAUUGAAAAUCGGGUCGCUCGAAACAUCGGUUCCCUCGAGGUUUUGUCUCGGUCCCUGGCGACCUCGAGCGAUCGCAGUUUUACUGUAAUUAGGUUUUGUAUAUAUGGGAAUCAAUAUUUAAUAUUGAAAUGUUAUCUUAUAAGUAACGGGGUUAGUAGAUGACCCAAUAUGAGAUGUAUAGGUCAAAGGAAAACAUCGAAGCUCGAACUCGAAUAUGAUUUUUAGCUGCUCCCCAUAUAUCCCAUAUCGGAUCACCUACUAACCCAUUUACAUCGAUUUAUUUAUGGGAAUAUUUUUCACUUAUUAACCCCAAUCAGAAAAUGAUGCCAUAUUAGUAUGACAUAAAAUAAGUGACCCAAUUAUGGGGGCAACAUGUGACUAGGGCUGGACCAAUGACAUUGUGUCAUUCAUGUUUGAGGCGUAAUUCAUGUUUAUAUGUCAUAUUUGUUUGGAGUGCAAAUUAUUAACUCUUGUUUAUGUACCGGUAUGAUAAAUACAGCGAUUGUUUUGUAUAAAACUUGUAAAGUAUAAAUCUUAUUUUUAUGCUUGGAAUCCGAAUGGUCAGGUGCAGUCAUCCAAAUUAUACUAUUGGAUGAACAACUCUGAAUUCUUAUUCUUUUGCUUGGCAUCAAAUUUUUUAACAAGCCCUAAUAUGGUAAAUAAAUUCAGAAUUUGAGUAAGCCCAGAAGCCAUUUUACCAGUGCAGGGCCUGUGUUAAUUUCGACCACUGCAGAUGUUGAAAUAAUUUCAAAUAUGAUUUACAUGAUUUAAUAGAAACCUUACUAUUUAAGUUAAAAAUACCCAUGACUUAAAAAUCAACAUGUCGAACAAUGGAUGUUGCCAUUUUUCUUAUUAGCCACAUGAAAUAAUGACGUAAUAGUUCACAUUUAAAUCAUAUUAUGUCAAGGUUCACAUUUACAUACAAGUAUUAGGCGGGCAUAGCUUUUGCAUUUAUCUAAGUGAUGACCUCUCUUGUUCCAAAAAAUUGUUUGUCUGCAGUCAAUUGUAUAAAACUGGUUAUUUUUUUGGUUUGGUUAAAGUUAGCCAUAUGUUUAUUGAUUGGUCAAUAUUUAUCCAAUAAUUAUUACUAUUAAACCAAUCAGGGCUAUUCCAGUAAAACAUAUACCCCCCGGGGAGAAGGCAAUUAUUUAUAUAGUAUAUGGGUGGGUGUCUUUUUUCGCUUAUUUUGACCCCGAAAGGGUAAAUUUGCUUCUGUAGGGGGGUCAUAUAUUUUGAAAGUGCCUUUCCCCCGGGGGUUAUAUGUUUAAAUGGAAAAGCCCUCAUAUAAUUUAAAUGUACACACUAGACUAAAAAUAGCGCAUAGACAACUUAUCCAAGUUUCAUACAAUUGGCUUGUGGUCUUUGUUAUGUUACUGAUAUAAUUUUUGCUGCGAAAUGUUGAAUGAGUUGUGAUGUUUAAUGUUUUGAAAAUGUUGAUUUGUUUUUUGACUGUUUGAGCUUCCAUAUAUUAAGAUUGUUGUAUGUUUGAAAAUAAUAGACAAUUCUUCAAUGGGCAGGCUCAUUUAACACUGGAAAACAGGAUUAUUAUAUGCUUUUCUGUGGUUUAUAGAGAUUUAUCAGAGAAAUGAAAUUGACAUUCCACUUUUUUAAUCGGUAAAGUGACAUUUGUUUACUGUUUUGAAACUAAUAUAAAUUGGCAUGAUCUCAAUACGAAAUCAAACGGCAGUGCGCACAGGGCUUGGACACCAAUUCAACUUUGUCAUGACUGAAAUUUUAAGUUUGCAUACACGGUAAUUUGGCUUGCAAUUCUGAAAAUUUACCAUUACCUGUCAUUUCAUAUUCUAUUUUAAUAGGUAUAUAAUGAAAAUGAAAAAUUGUUUUGAUAGAUCGCAAUAUACCGUAUUUCACCUCAUGAAAACCAAAAAUUAUUAACAAUAUAGCUUUUCGACCUCACUCUGUGAAACAUAUUAAGAUCUGACUCGGAAACAAACAAUUAUUCGCAAUAAAUUUGUUAAUCAAACUGUCACUGUUAUUUAACAUCAGAUUUAAAAUUUAAUUUAUCCCACUAGUUAUUGCGGGGAAUAUCACUUUGCCUGCUGCCAGACGAGUUUUUAUUUCUAAAACGUUAAAGACAUUAAAUUUUUUGUUCAAAAUCGUGUCCUGCUUAUUGAAAAUAUGAAUAUCAGUACAAUGUCACUAUUUUCAUGCUAUAAUUUGUUUUCAAAUGCUUGGAAAAAAAUAUUAAAACUACAAAAGGUUA